AUUUAUCAAAGACAGUCGAUUGUGAAUUGUGAGUGAUCAAAAUUCAGGUUCGAAAAAUGUUAUCGUUCAUCGUAUUUAUCAUAGGUGGUUUCUGUACUGCUGCAGCUCAAGAAGUUUACAAUUCGAAAAUCAUCUUUCACUAUAAUUCGGGAGUCGAUACGUAUGGCCUAUUAGAAGCCGAAAGAAUAUUGGAAAAUUCUAAUUUUAUUCGAACGCGUCGUACUGUACUUUACUCGCAUGGAUUUAUGGUCAAUACCGACAACGAUCGUACCAGAUUAUUAGUAAAUGCCUACCAAAACACCAACGCCUAUAACAUUUUGAUAUUUGAUUGGAGAGAACUGGCUGGCUCUUCGUAUCCAAGAGCUGUUUUGAAUAUGGCGAAGUUGAGCGAAGAACUGGCUAAAUUCAUCCUUAAAGCGACAGAUCGGGGCUAUGCUAUAACUAACUGGCAUGUAUUAGGUCAUUCGCUAGGCGCACACUUAUCGGGAAUUGUGGGGAAACGAAUAAAAGGGUUAUCAAACGGUUCGCUGAUCUUAUCGAGAAUUAGUGGAUUAGACCCUGCCGGUCCCGGAUUUUACGGUCGUGGAGUAUUUGGUCAACCAAUCAGUGGAACUGAUGCUGUUUUCGUGGAUAUUAUUCAUACCGACGCUGGCGAAUUGGGUGCUAAUGUUAACACAGGAACAGUGGAUUUUUGGCCGAAUGGUGGAGACGAUCAACCGGGAUGUUCAUUUAUAAGUGUUGGAUGCAGUCAUUCACGAGCGGCAUAUUAUUGGAUAGAAAGCGUAGAAAAAAUAGGGCAAGUAAUAUUCACUGCACAAAAUGAGCUUAAUCCAGAAAUUAAAAGUCGUAUGGGAAUCGAUUGUCCCACCAAUACACCGCCUGGUAGGUACAACCUAUCCACAAAUGGCAGGCCACCUUAUUCACUAGGCUAGCUGGAAUUCACAUUUUUUUGUAAAUAAAAUUGUUCAAAAAUCUAGCUGCCGUGCACUAUGUCACAUCACAUGCAAUAAAUUUGACUCA